UGCUCAAUAUCACAUUAUCAAAUUUAAGUUAAAAUAUUGUUCUCUAUUUCUAAUAAAAUAAAAAUUCAUGAUCUAAUAAUUAAUUUUAAUGUUAUGGGAAAAUAAUUAUCUACAUUAAUGAUUUCUUUAGGAAAGUACGCAAAAAUUGGUUUAGGCUGGACAUUUCUAACCUUUGGCAGUAUUUACGCUUUUGUUUUAUCAAGGAGAUCAAUUGAUAAACGACGUUAUGAGGAUAUGAAAAUAAGAGAACGAAUUCGGAAUUCUAAUAUCGGCGAAUACGAAUCAACGCGCAAAUUUACAUAAAUUGAUUCAAUAAACAAGUUUGUACAUUUAUAACUCAGUCAUGGCUCUACCUCAAUUAGAUCCCGCAAAAAUACAAAUGGUGCAAGA